AUCCUUUCAGGUAAUAAUCUAUCUUUUCCUUUAAUCCAUGCUUCCGUUUCUUCAUCUCCAAAUCUAACAAAGCCCCAAUUGCAUGAUACUCGGAUUCAGAAGUUGAUUUUGCUGGCCAAUUGUAGCAUAUGUAAUCCUUUCUAGUGAAAAUGGCUAUAGUAUCUUUUGGAACUAGUACUUGUGGCUCAAUGGAACUAGCUGCAUAUUCAUUCAGUCCCCGACAUGCACAACGUGACGUUGUUUAUCUCAAGAGUUUGAGUUCCCAGUGGCAGCAGCAACGGCCUUGGUGGUUUGGAUUUUCUUGUGACAAAAUACGUAAUCUAGAUGCUUCAGGUCGAUCGUUGAGGAUGAUUUCAAGUGGUUAUGCUGGGAGAGACACCUACAGGAUGAAAAAGGAUAAUGAUGAUAAAAUGUAUAGGAGGCUUGAUUCUUGUUUGGUCAUUCCUCCACCUAAAGGCAAGAAGCCAAAGGCAAUCAUUAAAUUCCUUGGUGGUGCUUUUAUAGGAGCAGUUCCCGAAGUUACCUAUAGCUAUCUUCUUGGGCUAUUGGCAAAUGAAGGUUAUCUUAUUAUUUCUGUGCCGUAUAACGUGACUUUUGAUCACUCUCAAGCUGCUAGCGAAGUUUAUGAGAGGUUUCAUUCCUGCCUGAAAUUAAUAUUAACGUCUGGAUUGCCCAAUGAUGAUCUUCUAGCAGCUGAACUUGUUGAUCUUCCUCUUUAUUCUGUUGGUCAUAGUAACGGUGCCCUACUCCAAGUACUCACUGGAAGCUAUUUCUCGGAGAAGAUACCAAAGGCUAAUGCCAUAAUAUCAUACAACAACAGGCCAGCAACAGAGGCAGUACCUUACUUCGAACAGUUGGGUCCUCUAGUUAGCCAGUUGAUGCCUGUUGUGGAAGCAUCUCCUGUAUCUUCCAUGGCUAAGGGUGCCGCAGAUGCCUGGAGGGUACUGCUUGAUACAGCUGAAGCAAUGACACCUGAUUAUGAUCCUGAAGCUAGGGUUUCAUUGAACAAAUUUGUUGAUCAGUUGCCAUCAGUUUUUAAUCAGGUUGCUCAAGGAAUAUCAGAAUUCAGGCCAACACCCAUUGAGAACCGUGAAUUUUGCAAGAACUCAUAUAAUGUUCAGAAAACACUGCUGGUGAAGUUCAAUGUUGAUGCAAUUGAUGAAACAGAUCUCCUUGAGGAGACUUUGAGGCCUCGGGUGGAAGCUAUUGGUGGAACACUGGAUAAAGUUUCAUUGAGCGGUAACCAUAUCACACCAUGCAUUCAGGAACCAAAACUGCAAGCAGGUGAUGUAUACACUCCAGCAGAUGCGAUUGCGCAAGGACUCAAGACUCUUACGCUAAACGAGACCAGAAUCCUUGCCAGAACCGUUGCAGACUGGUUUAACAACAUCAACGAGUGAGGUAAAGUACGGAGAUUCAAAAGGUUAAAACCUCACCGGCUUUGCCAAUACUGUGGAUCGUCUGUUUGUGAUAUUAUGUUGUAUAUAUUUUAUAUUAAACAAACAGCAAUUGAGUAAAUAUAAACCCAGGAAUCUAAAGAACAGGGGAGGAAGAAAAGGCUGAAACUUUUCUCUAACUUCCAAAAAGAAACUAUACAUGCUUUUUUUUUUCUAGAC